CACCCCUCCGCACUCACAAAACGAGCGGUUAUGAACGCUGAAGACACAUCGUCCCUUCACCCCCGAUCCCUUACCGUAUCCCUCUAAACCUCUCCCCCUCCCUCGUCCUCCUGCUCCUCCUCCUUUCAGUUUUGGAAGGGGAGGAGAACUGCUCCCUCUCUCCUCCAUUUCUUCUGUCCAUCUUCCUCUCAUCCACGAGAUGGAGAUGUACGAACUCAUCAAAGGCGAAGAGGCCACGGCCGCAGCCGAGCCCGAGAGCAAGAUCAGCGUCAUCGCCGUCGCCGCCGCCGACGCGCUUCUGUCCCCGCGCAAGGCCGACAUCGAGGCCGGCGGUCCGGAGGCCCCGGCGGAGAAGGAGGCGCCGCCGGCCAACCGGAAUCGGGAGCCACGCCUCGUCUCCCUCGACGUGUUCCGGGGGCUGACCGUGGCCCUCAUGAUCUUCGUAGAUGAUGCUGGAGCAUUUUUUCCUGCAAUCACCCAUUCUCCAUGGGAUGGCAUAACCCUUGCUGAUUUUGUCAUGCCAUUUUUCUUGUUAAUAGUUGGAGUUGCAUUGGCACUUACGUAUAAGAGAGUCUCAAACAAGGCCGCAGCAACCAAGAAAGCUGUACUUCGAGCAACGAAGCUCUUCAUUGUAGGCCUUAUUGUUCAAGGUGGCUAUUUUCACGGCCUUCACAAUUUGACCUAUGGAGUUGAUAUCUUGAGGAUACGAUGGAUGGGUGUACUUCAGAGAAUUGCAAUAGCCUAUCUGCUGGCUGCACUAUGUGAAAUCUGGCUUAGAAAUGAUGAUGAUGAUGAUGAUGUUAAUUCUGGAUACUGCCUGGUUAGGCGAUGCCAAUUUCAACUGUUGGUGGCUCUCAUUCUUACAACCAUUUACUUGGUUCUCCUUUAUGGUUUACAUGUUCCUGACUGGGAAUACCAGAUAGCAGUGGCAGGCUCCAAGCCUAUGACCUUUUCAGUCAAAUGUGGGGUGAGGGGUGACACAGGACCUGCUUGCAAUGCUGUGGGAAUGAUUGACCGCCAAGUCCUUGGCAUCCAGCAUCUCUAUCGACGUCCUGCUUACGAGAGAACGAAGCAAUGCAGCGUAAAUUCACCAGCUAGUGGCCCACUUGCAUCUGAUGCUCCUCCAUGGUGCCAAGCUCCUUUUGAUCCUGAAGGACUGCUCAGGUCAGCUGUUGUCACUUCCCUUGGCAACUUAAUCUCUAGUCUCUUCGUAUUGGCCCUUUUUUCCCCUGAAAAUAAUAUUAGUCGAUGCUGCAGUUCUGUCAUGGCGAUUGUUACUUGUUUGAUCGGGUUGCAAUUCGGGCAUGUCAUCAUUCACUUCAAGGAUCACAAGGAAAGAAUUGUCCGGUGGUUGAUUCCUUCCUUCUGGAUGUUAGCCCUGGCCUUCUCCUUGGACUUUUGUGGAAUUCAUAUGAACAAGGCUUUGUACACAUUAAGUUAUACACUUGUCACUGCUGGAGCUGCAGGGAUUCUCUUUACUGGAGUGUAUGUGCUGGUUGAUGUAUGUGGCUAUAGGAAGCCAACCUUGGCCAUGGAAUGGUUGGGGAGGCAUGCACUAAUGAUCUACAUUCUCAUAGGCUGCAACAUCUUGCCAGUUUUUGUCCAGGGAUUCUACUGGAGGGAGCCUCAGAAUAAUGUUUUGAAGGUCAUCGGCAUUUGGAUUAGUCGAUGUUCAGAAGAAAGUUACCAGCUGCAUUGAUCAGCAGUAAAAUAGCACAUUUUUCAUGGUCACCAUAAGAUGAGGAUUUGAAUGAAAAGAAAGUAAUUCGGUGAUCAAACACAUGUUUAUAUGCACAUGGAACAAACAUACAAGAAAGUUUGAAGCAGACAUGAAAUGAAAGAGUCAUCAAUGAAACAAGAAAGAGAACUAUAAUGAUGAUAGAUAUAAUAUUCCAAGAUUUUUGCCUUUAGUUUA